AUGAGCGCUUCUAGUCAGAAAGCUGAGCAAGGCUCGAAGAAAUUCCCUACAAUCCAAGAGAUGGAAAGUUGGAACGAUGAGCAAUUGCUCGAAUGGAUACAGCAAAUACAACCAAACAUUUUCCGUUAUAACGAGGAUAUGGUGACAUUCAAAGCGGCAAAAAUCACUGGCUACGUCUUUUCGAAGUAUGCUGAGGAUCUAGACUUUUUCAAAGAAAUUCAUUUGCCCCUGGGGGUCUAUAAGGCUCUUGCGGCUCUUGCGAGCGAAUUCAGUAAACAGAACGAUCAAUCGGACCAGACAGCCGGCCAAAAGAGGAAAGGGGAUAACAAAAAGAGGAGGAAGGACGAUGAAACCGUCACACAGGAAUCACCGACCAGCAAGUCUCCGAAAAGAAUACGUCUGGAACGAGGUCAAAAACAGCACCACGAUAACAAUGAUGGCGACAACGACCAAAGACAAAAUAUUAAUCUACUACCAGAAGAGAUCAAGGAUAUUCGGAAUAGAAGGCAGGCAAUUAAGAAGAUCAUCACAGGUCUCGAUACGAAAUAUUCUCACGAGAACUCUGCUUCUCCUGAUUCCGAGUUUGCUCUGCCUGGAGCCGUCGCCCUACUUUCCGAUCCUCAGCACGAACACAGACUUCCGUUUCCAAUGACCAUUUUGAAGACGCCUGCUCGAUUUGCGAUCACCCAGGAAGGCGUUUGGCAGUAUGUGGGAAGAGAGAUAUUUCCAGAACUUCUACGUCAGCUCAAAACCGCCCGUGAGGCGAGUCCGUACUCAAACCUCUGGGUCUACGGAACCAGAGGCUAUGGGAAAUCUCACCUUCUAGCAGCACUCGUCUGUUACCUGUCAGCCCUAGAGAACCGGGUUAUAUACAUCCCGGAUUGUCGUAUAUGCCUUGAGGAUCCUCUUCUGUACUUUCAAGCAGCAUUGUUGUUCGCCUUUACCGACAAGGCGGCACAGGACGAGAUCGUGACGCUGGACACGAAGGAGAAGAUACGAAUAUUCUUGGGGCGGCAGAGGAAUGUCAUCUUCGUCAUUGAUCAGAUGAACGCAUUGUGCGAAAAGGAGGGCGAACCCCAGCACACGCGUUCGGCCAAGGGCGAUCUCUCAGACUGGAUAAAUCGUCUGAUAGCACGUCACACAGCAGUUCUCAGCUCGUCAGCCAAUAAUCAGGACUACCUCAGGGGGCAAAUCUUGGAGAAUAGUAACUUCACCAUGCUUGUUUAUGGCGGCUUGACCGAGACGGAAAUGAAGUGCUGGUGGGAUCGUCACUCCGACUUGGGUCUGGAAGACAAGGCCAAAGAGAACUUUGAAGACCUCACGGGCCGUAUCCCUUUGCUGUUGAACGAGUGUGUGGCACGUGGAAAGAUUAACCUUUCACCACUCCAGAAAGUCGCGGACAAAGCCGUGAUAUUCGCCGAAGGUGUCAAACUGAAAACGCUGAAUGAGGGUAAUGAUGUCCGAUGGACUAGGUAUUGCGAGUUCGUGAACGCUUGCUUUCUCGGCCUUCGCGUGCAGACUGUCAUUUUCCAGACACCCGACCUCGUCGACUAUCGUUUUUUCUUCGGGCGCGAAGAACGACACGAAGACGAACUCGAUGACGGAAGCGAAGACGAAGUCAAUGGUAGAUGCACAUAUGUCACUGGUGGCUGUUCUUGCGGUGUGUUUCUGGAUGCAAUGUCGACAUUUUAUAACAACCCAUCGACGCUGGGGUUUUUCAUGAAGUACGCCGUUCUGUACUACUUGAAAAAAAAUGGGCUACCUACUCUGGCCUCUCUUGACCAGUCCAUGAAGGUGAUAACCUUCACAACCGCCAUCCCGAUUAUUCGCGACGAUAUUAUUGGCACCCCUGUCGUUUAUCACCCCAGCGAUUGGAAUUACCAAACCCUGGAUGGGAUAAUCGUCUUGAUCGAGGAAGUCCCGAAGGGGAGAAAGAAAAAAAUGACCUUCUGCGCUUAUCAGGUCACAUUGCAUCGCAAGAAUCAUGAAGAUUCUCAUGAAGCUUUCUUCAAAAAAUAUGGCCAAUGGGUCAAAAAACUUAGGGACUAUGACAUAACAACUAUGUUUAUAUGGUUCAGCGCUGACGAGAGUUCACACAUAGAUCAUCGGGGGUCUCCCAGACACAGAGAGUAUGUGGUAAAUUUCGGUGAUCUUGACCAAAACCUUUGGGUUAAGUACAAGGAGGCACAAAACAAAGCGGACGAGGAGAAAAGGGAUAAGAAAGCAGAAAAGACAUCACGAGAGAAGGCGGAACAGGAAGAAGAGGAAGAAAUGAGAACGGCGCAAGAAGCAAAGAGAACAGAGCAAGCAAAGAAGAGAGAAGAGCAGGCAAAGAAGAGAGCAGAGCAGAAAGCACGAAAAGAGGCAGAAAAAGAAGCAAAGGCGCAGAAGCAAGCAACCGGAGGAACAACGGGACCGCCCGGGAGAAGGUAUGGGAAAGGACGAGGAAGGGCAUGA